AUGGAAACAAAUUUUCAACGACGUGCUGCAGGCCACGCUAUGGUUCUUCGAUUGCCAAAAGCAAGUUUCAGUCCCAAAGGUCUGACAACGAAGAAAAAGCACGAUCAAAAAGCGAAGGAUCGACGCACACAAGAAAUUUUUAAAUUCAGCACCCUAAUUGGUCGCUUAGAAGAUCGCGAUACGCAGCGUCAAGCAUUUGCAACGCUCCUUGAGUCUUUGCCAGGACUAGAUCCAUUAUUUGUAAAGGAAAUCUUCCUGCUGAUUGAGAAGAUCAAGAAACCCAGUCGUUCGUCCACCGGACGUAUGCUCGUACUCCUCAUUGCAGCUCUUUGCAAGUGCCAUCCAAUUCAGUUAGCUAAACUUUUACCGCGCGUUUUAUCCUACAUCUGUCUUCGAUUUCGUGACAAGCGCGCCAAGACAACGGAUGCUUGCGUGAUAUUGGUGUCAGCUAUUGUCAUGUACAUCGUACCACACCCCGCAACUUUUUUUUCUAGUACCGUGCCAUCCCUCGAGCAAAGUGAUGCGAGAAGUUCCCAGCAAGCUUUUCAAGCAAUCGCUGCAGUACUUGCUAAGGAAAGCCAUGGCGUGGGCGAGGCAGCAACUAAAUGUUUGUGCGGCCUACUGUACCCUGUCGAUUUCGAUGGAGUAUCAGUGCUAGGGCCAGUUUCCAUUCGCGCUCAUGCCACACGAAUUCGUCCAUUCCUGAAAUCUUUUCUGGCAGAUACCGUUGCGAAGAUGGAUGGUAGUAAAAACUUUGCAACUUUUUCACCUUUAUUCCUUUUGCUCCAUUCAGCUUGUCAGCUUGGCCGCGAUGCUUAUAAAAAUGGAUCGUUUCCACAGCUUGGAGACGAAUUCGCACCACACAUAAGGUCAAUUUACGAAGCAAUCGAAGAUGCUAUUUUGUAUGGUCCGCGUGAUAAUUGGGUGUUACGAAAACGAGGCAUCACACUGUUGACACUUCUACUCGAUGUGUUCGUUCUGCAAGAGUCUGCUUGGUGCUGUACCGUGAAGGUUGCGAAAGCAACCUUUCAAGAGCUGUUGGAGCGACUUCGAACUCUUUUGCUCACCGGACGUCACGAUACAGUUUCCCUCGUCCGCGAAGCUGCGAUUACGGCAACCAUGGCAUUUGCAUGCCUAGAGAAGUUAUGCCCACGAGCGAUUAAUGAAUCUCAUUUGAUAACUAGUAAUUCCUAUGACUUCAUUUCGCCUAAGCCGCAAAGUUACGUCUUUACAAACAAACGCUGGCCAAAAUCUGCAGCUAUCAGCGCAAGUGACUUGCAUGCCGUCACGGAGAAUGAGGUGAAGACCAAUUUGACGCUCCUGCCUACCGAGUCGACAGAAGAGUUAAGUUUUGGUAAUCAGGAAGAAGGGGAUGAAGCAUCGCCAUCACAUGAAUAUGAAAUUGAUGGAGACGAUCGUAGUGAAUCUGAUCUCACUCAAGAUUUAAAGUCUGCCCGUAAUCGCCCAGAGGAUAAUAUUUUUCAAGACGCAAGACCAAGUAAUGUAUCAGCAACGUAUUCGGAAUUUGAGCAUUCAGUGCCUAGCCAAGACGAAAAAAAGAUCUCGGAACCAAUCAUGGACUAUGCUGAAGUGCCCCAAUAUGAAGAAGAUGAGACAUCGCCAGCGCAACAUGAACGAAGUAGCGGAGAUUCAGGCUGUCCAUCGCAGGAUGGAAGUUCUGGUAAAAUCAUACCAAGUUUGUCAGCUGAGGAAAGAUUAACUGAACCAGUGUCAUCAGUUUUGCCACAAAGAGGGGCAAAACGAGUCGUCGCGACCUUGAAAGACUUUAAAGCUAAGCAGAGAGCACUAGUCCGAUCACAGUGUGUCCAGCAUCAGGUAAAAAUACCAGUGAUGAAGCGUCAAAUGUUCCGAAAUCAAGUUGAAUCUUUUAAGCACAGCAACGAUAAAUAUGAAGACACCGCUUUGAAAAUGGAUAGUAAACGCUCACUCAUCAUUAGUAACCUCACACGGGCUGAAACCGCUCUAAAAGCUGCGCAGUGCGGCGAAUACGAGCUUGCGCUCCGUCUGUGUAUUAUCGAAGAUGACUUGAAGUUGCUCCGGCAGACGCUGACGAUAAUUGAAACUCCUUGCAUGGAAAAUCUGUCGAUCAUGCACUGCAGUGGUUGCAGCACUGGGCAACAACAGACGGACGACAAAUGA